AUGAAGCAUGAAACAGCUGUUGUGAUAGUAGGAGCAGGACCUGCGGGACUUGCAACAUCUGCCUGUCUCAAUCUUCUCUCUAUUCCAAAUGUCAUUUUGGAAAGGGAUGAUUGUUAUGCAUCUUUAUGGCAAAAGAAGGCUUACGAUCGUUUGAAGCUUCACUUAGCUAAAAACUUUUGUGAACUCCCUCACAUGCCAUUUCCAGUUUCAGCACCCACAUUUGUACCCAAAUAUAUGUUUGUUCGAUACUUGCAUGAGUAUGUUACUGAAUUCAAUGUGGAUCCAUUGUACAAUCGAAGUGUUGAGAGUGCAUGGUAUGACAAGGUUACAAAGAGAUGGAUGGUUAUAGCCAAAAACGGGGUUUCAGGUUUUGUGGAAGAGUAUGUCGGAGAGUUUCUAGUGGUGGCAACGGGUGAAAACUGUGAAGGAUUUAUCCCUAGUGUUAAUGGUUUAGAUAGCUUCACAGGGUCAAUCAUACACUCUAGUAAAUAUGAAAAUGGAAAGAAGUUUGGACGCAAAAAUGUUCUUGUUGUUGGUGCUGGAAAUUCUGGUAUGGAAAUUGCUUAUGAUUUGUUCAACUGGGGUGCCCAAACGUCAAUUGUUGUUCGUAGCCCUGUACAUGUCCUUACAAAGGAGCUAGUGCAACUCGGGAUGUAUUUACUGAAAUAUCUUUCGUGUAGUUUUGUGGAUAAAAUUGUUUUAAUGUUUAGUAAGUUGUUGUAUGGAGAUCUUUGUAAACAUGGAAUACAAAGGCCAACAAAAGGGCCAUUUUAUCUUAAACGGGAAACUGGAAGAUCACCCGUUAUUGAUGUUGGAACAGUUGCAAGGAUCAAAACCGGAGACAUUGAGGUAAUGAAGUCAAUUGAAGAGAUAAAAGGUGAUCAAAUCAAGUUUUCAAAUGGUCAAGAGAAACGAUUUGAUGCCAUAGUCUUUGCUACUGGUUUUACAAGCAAUGUGAGGAAAUGGCUUAAGCAUGAUGGAGGGUUGUUUAAUGAAAAAGGAAUGCCACAUCUUAAGAGCCCGAAUCGUUGGAAAGGGGAACAUGGUCUUUACUGUGUAGGAUUUGCAAGUGCUGGAUUGUUCGGUAUUUCAAAUGAUGCAAAGAAUAUUGCUAAUGAUAUCUCCCAAAUUGUUAAAAAGAAGUAA